AUGGGGGACUGGAACCUGUUGGGCAGCAUCCUUGAAGAAGUGCACAUCCACUCCACCAUAGUUGGCAAAAUCUGGCUCACAAUCCUGUUCAUUUUCCGGAUGCUGGUGCUGGGAGUGGCUGCCGAAGACGUCUGGGACGACGAGCAGUCCGAGUUCAUCUGCAACACGGAGCAACCUGGCUGCAGCAAUAUCUGUUACGACAAAGCCUUCCCCAUCUCUUUGAUCAGAUACUGGGUGCUGCAGAUCAUAUUUGUCUCUUCUCCAUCGCUAGUUUACAUGGGCCAUGCGCUCUACAGGUUAAGGGCGCUCGAGAAAGAGCGACAGAAGCGGAAAGCCCACCUGCGGGCUCAGCUGGAAGACCUGGAGCCCGUGCCUGAGGAGCACAGGAGAGUGGAGAGAGAGCUGCGUAAGCUGGAGGAACAGAAGAAAGUGAACAAGGCACCCCUGAGAGGGUCCCUGCUGCGCACCUAUGUCCUACACAUCCUGACCCGGUCGGUGCUCGAAGUGGGCUUUAUGAUAGGUCAGUAUCUUUUAUACGGGUUUCACAUGUCCCCCCUUUACAAAUGCACUCGGCCCCCUUGCCCUAACACGGUGGAUUGUUUUGUGUCCCGACCCACAGAGAAGACCAUCUUCAUGGUUUUCAUGAACAGCAUCGCCGCGGUCUCCCUCUUCCUCAACAUCCUAGAAAUCGCCCACCUGGGCCUCAAGAAAAUCCAGAAGA